AAAUCAUUUGCUUAAUUUUAGGCUCUCGUGGAUGCCCCUGACAUGGUGAGGAGCCAAAUGAACUUGAAGAGGCUUUCUCUUACCGACAUAAAGAUUGAAAUCAAAAGGGUUCCGAAGAAAAAGACUCUUAUUGCUGCUAUGGAAGCUGCUGAUGUUAAGAACAAGUGGGAAAACAGUUCCUGGGGAAGGAAGCUGAUUGUGCAGAAGAGAAGAGCCUUUUUAAAUGAUUUCGAUAGAUUCAAGCUAAUGUUGGCAAAAAUCAAGAAAGCUGGCGUUGUGAGGCAGGAGCUUGCAAAGCUUAAGCAAGAGGCUGCGGCAUAAGAGUUGACAGAUCCAAGUUCCAGAUUAAGAUUUGGUAGUAGGAUCUUGAAAGGCAUAUUGUUUUAUUAUCCAGAGGUUUACAUUUUAAUGAAUUUUUGUCGCAAGAGGAGAACCUCCAAAUUUGUGGAUGAUGUUUUGAAAAAUUCAAUGUUAUCUGUGACUUGGACCUUUGUUCUCUCAUUUACUGUGAUAUCGUGGUGUUUUGAUCUUA